AUGACCUCCAGGACCCCCAUCGGCGUCCACCCGCGACCGCCGCAGCGAGCCCUCAGCAGCACGACGCUGCCGUCGGUUCAGCGGCCUCCGCCCCAACGCGCUCUGUCGCAGCAGCUGUUUCCUUCAUCGCCGGUGCGCAAGGACUCGGCCCUUAGCGAUGCCUCGAGCGACUCCUUCGACCCUGUCCAGGCCCAAGUUCAAGGGCAGGGCCAGGGCACAAACCAUGCCCAAGGCCAUGGUCGCCUUGUCACCACGCCGCGACGAGUCGGCUCUCGGUUGCGCCUCGAACUUUCCAACAUCGACGCUCCUGGCAGCGUAGCUUCAGCAUCAAUGUCGGCCUCGGCCUCGGCAUCUGUUUCUGCUGCUUCGUCACCACAGAGCCACACAACGUCGCGUGGACCGUCCAUGGCUGACCCCGUAGAUGUCGACGGCUCGAGCCCGGCACCUUCUCGGGCCUCGGCCACCGACUUCGACAAUGAUAACCAUCCUCUACCCAUGCCCAGACGACGCCCGCCGACAUCACAGACAUAUCCAGAGCUCUCGAGGCGAUUAGCAGCGCCUCCAAGGGCUACGCCAGCCCUCAAGAAGGAUGGCCGCCCCAGGCCAUGGACUGUUGAGGUUCCCAAGAACGCCCCGCGUUAUCCCUCUGCGGAUAAAAAGCCCAACCCUGCAGGUGGUGACCCGUUUAGUCGGGGGCUCUUUUCUGGACAUGCCGACUUCUUUCCGUGGCAUGGCGGCAACGGCAAGCACCACGAAGAUGACUGGAGCCCUGAAGCGAUUCAGAAGGGCACGUGGGAUCGCGGCAACCAGAACGAGACGAGUACCGCGAGAAUGACAAUAUCACCGGCCAUCAAGCAAAAGACCGGCCUGAGUGCCCUCUCCACCAUCUUCAUGGGUGUGCUUAACCAGCGGAGGCAUCGCGGCCACGUCACUGCUCCGUCGACCUUUAAGCCUCCUCCCCGCGUCACUCUUACCGAUACUAAGAGGGAGGUCUGGAUGAAGGAUUUGGCGAAUCCCGCCAUCUCUCUCCGUCGGCUCAGUAGAACCAUCCCUCAUGGUAUCCGGGGGCGAACUCUCCUCGACCAGUGUCUCAACAAAAGCGUGCCGACCGAACGAGCUGUCUGGCUGGCCAAGUGCGUCGGUGCCAACGAGAUUCGCGCUUUCAAGAGAAAGGGAGCCCCUGGUGGCGCCUUUGCCAUAGCAGGCGAAUUCAAAUGGAUAAGGGAUUGGACCCUUUUCGUGGAGCAAUUUGUAGAGUCUGUUGCCUCUGCGUUUGGCGAACAAGACUGGAAGGCCAAGUUGACCUAUGCCAUACGACUGGCAACAAAUCUUUACGCCGAACAGCUCCUUGACCGAGAUCACUAUCUUGAUUGGAUCACGUCUGGCCUGGAACAUAGCACCCAGUCCAAGAUUCCCAUGUGGAUCCUAAUUGCUCAGAUUUGCUGGGCCGACAUCUUACGCUCCCGAAAGUAUGGACGCCGUCUUGUUUACUCCCUUCUUGCCCAUCUCAAUACCAUUCAUAUUCAUCCUGACAAGGAUAUCCUCAUGCAGCUAUCGAGCCAGCUUUCCACCUUGUUAUCCUCGCUCCUCAGGAAUAACCCCGAUAGCUUCAUUGACCCGGGCCUUUGGCCAAAGUAUAGAGAUGCUCUAGAUGCCUUCUUACCACGGGAUGACAAAGUCGGCCGAGAAGCGUACCACUACAUCAACAUCAGAAAUGGCCAGUUGUCUUUCACAAGCACUGCCUCGCCAUUGGCCGGGCGACCACAGCUGGUGCGGCUUUUGGAUGCUACGCUUCUUAGUCAGAUAGACCGAGACCUGCCACAGAAGUGCUGGGCUACUGGAGACGACAAGGUUGAUAUCGUCAGGACUACCGUGGACUGGGCCACUUCCUUUUACCGUCCCGGCUUGGCAAGGGUGUACAUUGCGGCCAACUUGAUCAGGUUUUGGAGCACGCUCAGGGUCAACGUCACCGGUGCGAUCCUCGAGCACAUGGACACCAUACCAGCCGGGGAUGGGGGCCGGAAGCAGACCGUCUACCAACUGGUAACGGAACUGGUUCGCACUGGGCAGUUUUCGGUUCCCCAAUACCUAAAGUGGCUCAUGGCUCGCGGCGCCUGUAGCCACCCUUCCGAGGUCGAUUCCGACGAUGCUCCCUGCGCCACCAGACUGCUUAUUCACCUCCCAUUACGCUAUCUCACUGAAGAGCAGAAGGAUGAUCGGGCCAAUCUCCUGAGACGGGCUGCCAACUAUUCUACUACCGAAGAAGCAAGCGACAUUGGCAAUGCCAUCAUGUGCGUUAACCACGCCUUGGGUCUACCCGUACAUGGCCCCGUGUCCCGUAGAAAUCCGGUUUCCUUGCGGAAACUUCUUCCUAGAAUCAUCAGCAGCUCAAAAGCUUUGCAGACGGCCGUGGGCCUCCACCUACGGGAGACUGUCUUGAGGCUUGUCAAGGCUGUGCAGCCCGUGUCUCUACGCCUAUUCUCCGCGAUACGCACUAUUCUAGAGGGGACUCAAGACUUUUUUGCACUUUGCGACGUCUUGAAACUUUGCUCUAGAACAACCAACAUCGAGGUGCUUGCCUCCUGUGUCGAUACCGUCAACCUGAAUCUCCAAGUCUUCUACGCUCAGGGUGGCGCGGAGCGUUUAUUCAACAUUUUCUUUGAGCGGCUAAAGGCCAUCAAUCAAGAGCAAGGUUUGGUUUCGCGUCCGUUGCUUGCUUCUCUCUGCUUCCUCUCCAGGCGGAUGCCCAGCCGCCAGGAAAUUUCAAAGUAUCUGGCCCACGAGCUCGCCCAAAGUGAUCGCAACAAUGCGACCGAUGCCUGCUCCCCCAUCUCGGAUAACAUGGUCAAUCCACCGUCGGGCGCUGAUGGCGAGGUGUCGGAACAAAUCGAGAAGCUGCUGGCUAGUGGAAACAGUAUCGACCACCCGACCAUGAAUCGCCUCUUCGGAUACAUCAUACGCAGACUGGAAGCAGGCUGGGCCAAGAUGGAUGACAACCGCAGGAUCCACGCAUCCCUUCUUACCCGCCUUCGUUUGUUCGACUCCCAGCAUUUCGACAAGCUCAUGUCCGACUGGGUUGGACGUGUUCGGUUGCUCAAGAGCCGGAAGCGAUUGGAUGCUGUGUUUCCCCUCCUGAUCAUAACUGAUGCCUUGCCUGUUUCGUUCCUGGUAGGCCCUGCGAGCUUGACCCGAGCUGCCGCCCUAGGAGAGGCUGAUGCGGCAGCGCCACCUGACUUGGCGAACCCAGGGGCAGUGACAUAUCUUCAGGAGCUGCUUCAUUUGAUCCUAUCGAAGCUGCCUGCCGAUACCGAUCUUAGCCAGGAAGAGGCCUACCGCUUUGGCAUCUACCAGCGGGCUAUCCAAUUUAAUCAUCACAAAGGCCUGCUUUCUCUCAUACGCCACGCGGUCGUCGAAUACGCAGACCUUCGAGCGCGAGAUGGGAACGCAAACCUACCACUAGACAAUGACACGUAUCGCAACCGUGUGCUGGACGUUUUGCGACUCUUGAUCGUGGUGCACACCGCGGAUGUAACAGAAGUAUUCAGCGCCAAAACUAUCCCUCCGGCAGGGUUCCGCCUCGUCCACGAGAUCAUUGGCAGUCUAUUCCAGCAGGAAGGGGAUCAGGGCGCGUCGUCGGCUGCGCCUUAUGACCAAAUCUUGCGCCUGGCAAACGAGCUGACUAUGCCCUUCUGUCAAAUCAAGCUCAAUAUGGACCUUUCCAUUCCCGCACCUCGCCAAGCCGACGGUGAAGAUGGCCAACAGCAACAACACCCUUCUCAGUUUGAUCUAUUUGCCAAGGCCAUGGAUCGUGCCAUUGAAGCACAAAACAUUAUGUGGACGACUAUGCUUCCCUGCCUAAGUGAAGAUAUUUCUCGGCAUUUACAGAGCCAGGCCCGUUCGCGGUUUUUGGAUCUAGUACCAACUUCCUCAUCGUCGCCCAAGGAUCCAAGCAGUCUCCAUGAUACCCUUGCGAAUGGCAAUAAUUUAUACCUUGCGGAGAAGCUCCUUGGCGUUGUCGAGGCUAUCGUUGUAGGCCAACAGCCGCCAAAUACGGCUCAGCUCACCGGCGUCCUGGCCGACAGGUUGUCAGAUCUCGUCGAAGUCGUUGUUGCGCCAAAGGAUCAAGAAGACAAGAUGAAGGGGUUGCUGAUACCCAUUAUCGAGCACUGGUUACCGAUGCUGCUCAAAUUCGUGCUCCUCCACAGCGUGUCGUUGGAGCCAUUGAGCGCAUCUGUCAUGACCACUUCUGCCCAAGGCAAGAUAGUGUUGCCUCCGCACCACGAAGCACGAGCGCAUACUGUUCUGACUCUCUGUCGUCUGUUCCUUGCGCUUGAAGCACUGCCGAGCCAGAUUGUCGGCCCCAGUCUGCGGCAACAAGUCUUUGAUGUCACCACCGUGUUGGCAGAUGGCCUGCCGGAUGACCUGCGCCUUCACUGCGCCAAGUCCAUUCUUCUCGUGCCUGGCAUGAUGCCAAACUUGCACUCGUCUUCGGACGCUCGCCUAUUCUACAUCUUUAGCGUCCCGCAGCUCACCGCGACAGAUGGGCUGAUGCUUGCCCAUAGGGAAAAGACGACGAUGCCCCAUAGCACAGCAGCCAGGGGCAUGGGUGCAAUGUAUGGUAUUGGCCCGACGACCCAGGAGAGGCUCUCCCCAUUUGUUCUUCGGCGAUGGGAAUUACUGAGCGAGCCCACUCCCAACGUCGGCGUGAACGAUACGAGCUUGAGUUUGGGCCUUUUUGAAGCCAUUAGAAUACACUAG